AUGAAAUCUUUUUAUCUUGCCCUUGCAGUCGCUACUAGCAUUGCCCAGGCUAACCCUGUGGUCAAGCGUGCUGUCACCGAUGCCGAGAUCCUGAACUAUGCUUUGACCCUCGAACACCUCGAGGCAACUUUCUAUGCAGAGGGUCUCAAGAACUUUACCCGGGAUGACUUCGUUAACGCCGGAUAUGCUGAUCCCUUCUACGACAACCUUAGGACGGUUGCUUCUGAUGAGAAAACGCACGUUAGCUUUUUGACUAGCGCUCUUGAAGCUGCGGGUGCUUCUGCCGUCGCUGCUUGCACCUAUGACUUCCCAGUCACCGGUGUAAACAGCUUUAUCACGGUGGCCAACAUUCUCGAGGGAGUCGGUGUUAGCGCCUACCUCGGAGCCGCUGCAUCCAUUAUGAACAAGGAGUACCUCACUGAUGCUGGUUCUAUCCUCACCGUCGAAGCCCGGCACAGCUCUUAUCUCCGUGCUGUUGCAGGAGAAGUUCCUUUUGCCCAGCCAUUUGACAACCCUCUUGACUUCGAUGAAGUCUACACCAUUGCGUCUCCUUUCAUUGCGUCUUGCCCUAGCACCAACCCGACGCUGCCCGUCAAGGCUUUCCCCUCUCUGACAGCUACCUCUGAAGGUACAAUCCUGGCUGGUUCAGAGGUUUCCCUUGCCACUGGUCCCGGAUUUACCGCUAGCGGGCCCGUCUAUGCUGCUUUCAUUACCGUCACUGGUCCAGUUUGGGUCCCUGUCACUCCUAAGGAUGGUGGCUAUUCAGUUAAAAUCCCUACCGGAAUUGCCGGACAGAGCUACCUCGUCCUUACUUCAAGCAAAGACAAGGUCUCCGACGAUACCGUCCUCGCUGGUCCUGCAGUUAUCGAGAUUGGGGCUAAGAACGGCCGACUGUCCACUGAAUGCACUACUGGCAGCAACAGUACUUCUUCUGGUGAGGCUGGUGAGGCUGGAUCUUCCGGUAAGGCUGGCUCUUCCGGUCAAGCUGGUUCCUCUGGUCAGGCUGGCUCUUCUGGUGAGGCUGGAUCUUCCGGUGAGGCUAGCUCUUCCGGUGAGACUAGCUCUUCCGGUGAGGCUGGCUCUUCCGGUCAAGCUGGUUCCUCUGGUCAGGCUGGCUCUUCUGGCUCUGGCGUCCUCUUCACCGGUGCCGCCUCAAACGUCCAGCCCACCUUUGCUCUACUUACGGCUAUUGGUGUUAUGGUUUUCCUGUAA